AAUUUAGCCGAACCCCAAAACGUCCACACUGCCCAAGCUAAGCACCUCGUUUUGUUUAAAAAAUCCAUCCAAAAUGAGUAAAUACAAUUCUAAAUACCUCGAAGACAAGCUUAAAAAGGAAUUGCAGGCGGACUACGUGAGUGUGACGGACGAAUCGGACGGUUGUGGCGGCAAAUUCAGCGCAAUCAUCGUGACAUCAGCCUUUAACGGCAAAACCCUGUUGCAAAAACAUAGAUUAGUCAAUUCGACGCUGGCCGAAGAACUGAAAGAAAUCCAUGCAUUCUCACAGAAAUCGUACACGCCCGAAGAGUGGGAGAAAGUGAAAGCCCAAUAGUAACACCAAAAACUACAAUAACACAAACACCAUCAGAUAUACAUACAACAACAAUCACAAGCCGCAAUAACCUGUUGUUCGUUCGUUUGUAGUUGAGCUUUAGCGUGUGACGACGCGAUCAAAGAAACGAAAACCCGAAAAAACGCCAGUCGAACAAAGAAAGUGAAAGGGAAAGCACAGGAAUCGGCACUCAGCUUUGUGGAGUUACCAAAUAAACAACGCAAAUGAUCCGCUAAAUGCAUACGUUACAUAAAACAAACACCUA